AUGAAUCCUCAGUGCGCCCGGUGUGCGAAGAUCGUCUACCCGACGGAGAAAGUCAGCUGCCUGGACAAGAACUGGCACAAAGGAUGUUUCCACUGUGAGGUUUGCAAGAUGACCCUGAACAUGAAGAACUACAAAGGCUACGACAAGAAACCCUACUGCAACGCUCACUACCCCAAGACGUCGUUCACCAUCGUGGCCGACACGCCGGAGAACCUGAGACUGAGACACCAGAGCGAGCUGCAGAGCCAGGUGAAGUAUAAGAAGGACUUUGAGGAGAGUAAAGGCCGAGGGUUCAGCAUCGUGUCCGACACUCCAGAGAUGCAAAGACUCAGAAGGACUCAGGAGCAGAUCAGUAAUGCCAAGUACCACGAGGACUUUGAGCGAGCACGCGGCCGAGGCUGUGCUCCGGGAUUGGACGAGCCCAGCAUGGAGCGCUACCAGAGAUCCAAUCAGAUGAUGGGAGAGGCCGGUUACGGCAAAGGGAUCCGCCCCCAGGGGGUGGAGCUGGACAGACGACCAGGAGGCAUCAUCGUAGACCUGAAGGUGUGGAGGACAGACCCAGGCUCCAUAUUUGACUUUGACCCUCUGGAGGACGACGUCCAGUCCAAGAGCCUCCGCAGGAUGUCUGCGCCCGUCCUUCCCGGAGCGUACCAUCAGGGCGUUCAGAUGCAGCAGCAGCAGCAGUACCACGGCUACAUGCAUCAAACCAGCAUGUCCUCUGUCAGAUCCGUCACCUCCCCCCCGCACUCAGCCACCAUGCGUGUUUACCGGGCGCUGUACGACUACGCGGCUCAGGACCACGACGAGGUCUCCUUCAGGGACGGGGACGUCAUCGUCAACGCUCAGCCAAUCGACGAGGGCUGGAUGUACGGCACCGUGCAGAGAACCGGCAAGUCCGGCAUGCUGCCGGCCAACUACGUGGAGUGUUGCAACUGA